AGCGCCGGCCCCGCUGCCCCGGAGCGCCCCGAGCCCCCGCGGCUGCCGCUGUGGCAGCGUGCGGCGGUGGCGGGGGCGGUGGCGGGGCUGGCGGGGGCGGGCUGGCUGUACCUGCGCCGGGAGAAGGAGCGGCGGCAGCGGCAGCGGCGGCUCCGGGACCUGCGGGCGCUGGCGCUGGGCCAGGGCGACUUCCAGCUGCAGGACACGUCCGGGACCCCCCGCUCCCGCGCCGACCUGCUGGGCCGCUGGGUGCUGCUGUACUUCGGCUUCACGCACUGCCCGGACGUGUGCCCCGAGGAGCUGGAGAAGCUGUGCCGGGCCGUGGAGCUGCUGGAGGCGGUGCCGGGGCUGCCGCCGGUGCAGCCGCUGUUCAUCACGGUGGACCCGGCGCGGGACGACGCGGCGGCGCUGGGGCGGUACCUGCGCGACUUCCACCCGCGCCUGCAGGGCCUCACCGGCACCGAGGAGCAGGUCCGGGCGGCCGCCGGGGCCUUCCGCGUGUACGUGAGCGCCGGGCCCCCCGACCCCGACGGGGACUACGUGGUGGACCACUCGGUGCUCACCUUCCUGCUGGGCCCCGACGGGCUGGUCCGGGACUGCUACGGCCGCUCCCGCACGGCCGAGGAGCUGGCAAAGAGCGUCAGGGGGCACAUGGAGACCUACGAGCCGCUGCCCCCCGGGUGUGUGUCAUGUGGAGACAGAGACUUUAGGUGGGCAGGUGGAGGGACCCCUGACAGAUGCGAGUGUGUCCCAGGUGUGUUCCAGGACCAGGAAAGGACCCUUGAGAGACCUUGGUGCCCCCCAGGUGUGUCCCAGGGGUAG